UGACGGGCGACUCGACCGGCAUUUGUAUGGUUUGGGAUUUGAGUCGCUUUUGUUACGUACGAACACUUUCUGACCAUAAGUUUGUAAUUGAAUUACUGGCCAUAAGCGAGACUUUGGGCGAUAUUAUAUCAGUGAGUCAUCAGAACCAUGAAAUGGAGUCUCUUUUAUGUGUCCACACUAUUAAUGGAGAACUCGUGGGACAAGUGGUAACCGAUACACGUAUUACAGCCGUCUGUUAUUCGACAGCACCGGAAGGUUUGUCAGUCAACGUAAUCGCAACGGCUUUUACCGAUGGGACCAUCAAAUUAUGGAGUUCUUGGGAUUUGGCGCCCGUUAGACAACUCCAGACUGACAUCAAUAUACCUAUAAAUUGGUUCUAUAACGUAUUCCAAUGAUAACCAACUCUUAUAUGUGGGCUAUUGUGACAAUACAGUCGUCGUGUGGGAAAAUAGUG